GCGGCGGCAGCGGCGGAGGCUGCAUGUGCGGGAGGGGGGCGGCGAGCGGGGUCGGCCGGGCGGCGAGCGGAGUCGGGAGCCGGGCGCGGGGCGAGCGCAGCCCAGAGGAGCCGAGCGAAGCCGGCGGGCAGCCUCGCUCUGCACUGGGAUUUAUGGAGGUGCUGAGGAGCAGCUGUGAGCCCCGCAGUCCCCGGCAGCCCGCCCUGUGAAGCAGCCCCCGGCCGCCUCUCCUCGUCCCACCCAGCACCCCGACCCUCCGACUCAACCAUUCAAGGCUCCCGUGCAUGGAUCGCCCCAGCGAGGCACCGCUGCCCGACGCCGCCGACGCCGCCCCGUAGGCUCCCGGUCCCCCGUGCCGCCCCCAAGUACUCCACAUACCCCGAUGGGGUAACGUGACGGGGGCCACCCUCCCGCCACCACCAACCACCCCCCAUAUGCAGAGGCCUUUCUAGAGCGCCCGGGAGCGCGCGGCACCGGAGGCAGCAGCCGCUCGCCAUCGCACACACGCAGAGGACGCCAACACUACAGCAAAGGGAUUUUUUCUUUAAUUAUUAUUAUUAUUGUUUCAUUAAUAUUAUUUUUCCCCCCCAUCUGGCUUUUUUUUCCCCCCCGGGAGGCUUGUGGUGUGUCAAGGAAGCCGGUGCACUCCCAGGAGUUGGGAUUAUUUGCACAACGUCUGUAUAUUGAGUUCUCGAUCCUUCUAUUUUUAUUUUUGAGGCGCAGAGGGGUCGUUGGGUUUUUGUUUGGUUUUUUUUUUUUUUGCCCCUCCACACCACUCUUUUCUUGGGUUUGUCCCCUGCCACUGUCAGCACCACCUCACCUUCCCACUGUCCCCACCAUGGCCCGGAUGAACCGCCCUGCACCCGUGGAGGUCUGCUACAAAAACAUGAGGUUCCUCAUCACCCACAACCCCACCAAUGCCACGCUCAGCACCUUUUUGGAGGACCUGAAGAAGUACGGUGCCACCACGGUCGUGCGAGUGUGUGAAGUGACCUAUGACAAGACCCCCCUGGAGAAGGACGGCAUCACUGUCAUGGAUUGGCCAUUUGAUGAUGGAGCACCUCCUCCCAGCAAGAUUGUGGAAGAUUGGCUCAACUUGUUGAAGACCAAGUUCUGCGAGGACCCCGGGUGCUGCGUGGCUGUGCACUGCGUGGCCGGCCUCGGGCGGGCUCCUGUCCUUGUUGCGCUGGCCUUGAUCGAGAGUGGGAUGAAGUAUGAAGAUGCCAUCCAGUUCAUCCGACAGAAGCGCAGAGGAGCCAUCAACAGCAAGCAGCUGACGUACUUGGAAAAAUACCGACCAAAGCAGAGACUCCGAUUUAAGGACCCUCAUAACCACAAGAACAAAUGCUGCAUCAUGUAACCUCAAUGACCUCUUGCCAAAAUCCGUGCACAGACCCCCAGGCACUCGCACACAUCCCACCCCCUCACCUCCUGGCCCAGCCCUGCACUCCCCGUGUGCUGCCCCUCUGCCAGGGCUGGGCUGGGGACAUGGAGCAUCUCUAGUGUGUUCCAGCACUCACAGCACACUCGUCUUGCUGGAUCCCCAAAAAAGGCUGCUCCCUCUAGCUGCAGCCCCAAGGAGGGAAGGCAGCACUGCCCUUAGACUCCUGGCGUUAGCAGGCAAUGAGCUUGUGUGACUGUUCUUCAUCACCAUACUCCUCCCCUUUCCCCUCCUGUUGCACUGAGAGGGGUGGGCAAAGGGUGCUUGGUUUGGGGUGAUGCAGGCAGGGCCCUGCCAGCUGAGAAGGGAUGGGAUGCAGAAGGGCCAGAGCACCCCCAGAAAAACCUUUCCCCACCUCUUCCCCAUAAAUAAGGGCUGCAGCAGCAGGGAGGGAGGUGGGGAUGGCACAGUGGCCUCAGCGGGGAAGGUGGUGAUGGCAGGGAGGGGUGACAGGGGUUCUUAGCUCAGUGACCCUUGUGACCAGGGGAAGGGCUGAGCUAAGACCCCCAGCACCAUUCCCUUUCUCCUGGCCCCUCUGUCACCUCACCACCUCCCUGUUGCCUCAGUGCCAGCCAGGAUGCUGCAGAUGGGGCUCAUUGGCGACUUGCUCCAGUGAAGGCAGAGCUGCUGGGAACCUCGGGGACCACAGCAGGGCUUUGAGGCACUCAGCUUUGCUGGGGUGCUGGAUCAGCACUGGGUCCCCCAAAGUGUGGGGUGCUCUUAUUUAUAGCUUCCGAAUUCAGUGCCCAGGGUGGUGGGUUCUCUGCUGUCCUGUCCCCACCCCUGAGCUGUGGCACAAACCCCAGUUCUGGCUGCAGUGCCCUGAGGACGCAGUGUGCCUCUCAAGGCACAUCCAUGUCCUCCACCAUCACUGCAUUUGCUGGCCAAGGGGCUGGGCUGCAGCUCUCCUAGGGGAUUUUGGGUGUUCCUGGCAAGAGCACAUCACCUAAUUUUGCACCUGCCUUUUCCAUGUCUGUACCGAGGCACCUGGCACACACCCACCUGGGGUGGGUUAAGAGCUGCCCCUGAGCUGGGACAUGAAACAUCUCUCAACUUUCUGCCUUUGAAUGCUUGCAGCAGCUGGAGCAGUGGGCACGAAGGGUGUGUGGGGGUGGGUUUUUUCUUUUAAUGAGGAUAACAAGAAAUUUGCUAAUUAAAGGAAAAAAAAAACUUAAAAAACA